UAAAAUUUUGUCUGCAUUUUACGCAGACACAUCCAUAAAUACGGCCAUACGACCAUCAAAUUCAGUUCUGAUGGAAGGCUAGGCUCCCCAUGCCGCGCUUUUGUUUUUCAAAAUACAUGUCCGGCAGCAGAGGGAGAGAGGCUGAGUUUUCUCAAGGAUCCUGUGGGAAACGAAGAGAAUCGUAUUUGAUAGAAAUAAAGAAGACUACAGUAGAAGGGUUAUUGGAGGCGAAGGGAAAAAUACUCAGAAUUUACGACACACAGGACUGCAACAGGGGUUUGUGCAGGUAUGUGUAAAAAUUUAAACGCACGCAGACAAAUCAGAUAUACAAGCUACCUUUGAAGACAGAAGGAAAAAAACCCCUUGCGAAAGAAUUAGGGUUCUCGGGAGAGUUUCAGUCAAUGAUGAAAUCAGGCGUUUACAGCACGCGGAGCCGUACCGAAUCUUGCCGGGAAUCUAAGGAGAAUAUGACUUUGGGUCCGCCAGAGAAGAAAAGAAAGUUGAUUCAAAGAGAUGACAUGAGACAAAUGUCAGCACUUAACAGCAAUGGCCGUGAGGCAUUAUCUCUCCUCUCAACAAAGCAGACGGUAGAGGAAUCAGUUCAAACUGUAAGUGUAAAUGGGCCAGAGGAAGGAGAAGAGAGUACAAUGACUACAAGUGAAGUAGAGGCACUACUGAACAUGAAGAUGCAAGGAAAAGCAAAGCAUGAUUCAAAGGGUAGAAUGGAACAGAUGAUGGAGUACAUUAAGAAGCUCCGAGCUUGUGUUCGGCAAUUUCAACAGAAGGAGGCUGUAUAUAUUCUUCAGAAAGAGCAACUAAUGUACCAGAUGGAUGAACACAGAAGACAACAAGAAGCAAAUGAGUCUGCUCUGAAGCUUGAGAAGGAAAAGUUCCAGGAUGAAGUAACAGUGCUAAAGCAAAGGUGCAUCUCUCUAGAAGGAGAGGUUGUAGCAAGCAAUGCACAAAGCAAGGAACUUCUUAUGGCUCAUGACAAGGAUUUGGAGGCGCUACAAAUUGCUGAGGAAGAACGAACAAAGCUUUCUAAUGAGAUUGACAAACUUAAAAAUGAAAUUUCAGUUUUGACUGACCAAAUAAAGUCGUUAAAUGAUAUCAACAAACGGUUGACUGAGUAUAACACAAGUCUACAGGUGUAUAAUAGCAAGUUGCAAACUGAUGCUACCACUGCCACAGAAGACAAUUUGAAGACAAAGCAGGAAAAAGCUGCUAUUAUAGAAACCCUCAGUUCUGUGCGGGGUACUGUUGCUGCUCUGCAGACCCAGCUAGAUGGUUGUAAGGAAACAAUUGUUGAAAUGUCAAAACAAAAAAAUACAUUAAAUGAAGAACUAGAGAGGGUUCGCGGAGAACUACAGCAUGUGAUAGAAGAAAGGGACCAAUGCUUUGGCCGAAUCCAAUCCCUUAAUGAGGAAAAUGCAAGGUUCAAAGAAUUUACAGGAAAGUCAGAUUAUGAACUUCGGAUGCUUACUACCAAGGCCACUGCCCUAGAGGAAAGCUACAUGUCUCAAGCAGAAUUAAUAAAAGGUCUCCGGCAACAACUCGACGUGGCAAAUCAGAAAUUGAAGUUGGCAGAUGAUUCUCUUGCACUACAGAAGCAAGAAGGGGCUGGUUAUCUGUCAAAACUUCAAGAUUUGCAGGCAAGGCUUGUAGAAGCAGAGCAUCAGCUGCGGGAAGGCGAAGUCCUUCGUCGCAAACUUCAUAAUACUAUUCAGGAAUUGAAAGGCAAUAUUAGAGUUUUCUGCAGAGUGCGCCCGAUUCUUCCUGAUGAUGAGUAUGGGUCAGAAAUUCCUGUUGUUGAAUAUCCCAAUUCAAUGGAACUUCAGGGCCGUGGUGUUGAACUUAUUCAACCACAACAAGGACAAAAGUAUGGCUUCUCAUUCGAUAAAGUAUUUGGUCCUGAAAUUACCCAAGAAGAUGUAUUUGUUGAUAUAUCUCAACUUGUACAAAGUGCAUUGGAUGGCUAUAAGGUCUGUAUUUUUGCAUAUGGGCAGACAGGUUCUGGGAAAACAUAUACCAUGCUUGGUCAACCUGAUGUGGAUUAUCAUAAGGGCAUUAUACCAAGGUCCCUGGAACAAAUAUUCAAGUCGAGUCAAGCUCUUCGUUCUCAGGGCUGGAAUUUUAAGAUGCAGGCAUCCAUGUUGGAGAUUUACAAUGAGACCAUACGUGAUCUUGCUCGGGCCAACUCCCAUGAUGCUGGAAAGCAGCAUGUUGUGAAACACGAUGCCAGUGGGAACACCUUUGUCUCAGAUCUUACCAUUGUUGAAGUUACAACUUGGGAAGAGGUUUCUUCACUAUUGAAUCAAGCAGCACAAAGCAGGACAGUAGGAAGGACUGCAAUGAAUGAGCAAUCCUCCCGUAGCCACUGUGUCUUCACUCUUCGAAUUGCUGGUUCUAAUGAGAAUACUGAACAACAAGUUCAUGGAGUUUUAAAUCUUGUUGAUUUAGCUGGAAGUGAACGACUAUCAAGGAGUGGAGCAACAGGAGAACGCUUAAAGGAAACACAGGCCAUUAACAAAAGUUUGUCAAGUUUAGGUGAUGUAAUUUUGGCCAUAGCUAACAAAGAGCAACAUGUACCUUACAGGAAUUCAAAGCUUACGUAUUUACUCCAGCCAUGCCUUGGAGGAGAUUCUAAGACUUUAAUGUUUGUUAACAUUUCACCAGAUCCAAAGUCAUUUAAUGAGUCUUUGUGUAGUUUAAGGUUUGCUGCCAAGGUCAAUGCCUGUGAAAUAGGUGUACCAAGGCGGCAUACAAGUAGUAGAAUGAGUGAUACUCAUAGUCGAACGAGUAACAGCUAGAACUCACUGGUUAUGUGUGAUUUGAUAUCUAUGGUUCAAUGAAGUUUGGUUUGAUCUGUUGGUGCUGGAAGGGCAGGCAUUACCAUUUAAAUGUUAACAUCUGGUAUCUAUACACCAGUACAUGUGGAUGGCCUCUUUGGGCAUUUCAGACACUCAGAUGAUCAUGCUUUAUGCAGGGCUUUGAUUUCUGGAGUAAUAUAUCCUCAACUCAUUCAAUACUGUAAAUUUUUUACACCGGGUGUAGUUUUAACCUGGUGCAUUAUACAGGUUUUCUGACAUGAACGUACAACUUCAAUUAUAUUGUAAUGUUGUACACUAACAAUUCUUGGUUCGGAAAAUUUCUACUAAUUGUUCAUAUAUUUAUUAGUUCAAGGAUUCAUUUGGGUGACAA